CUGCCUCCGCGGCCGAAUCGGGCUGCUCGCCAUACCAAGCGCUUGACCCUCAGCUUCCCCAUCGUGUCCCCGCCGGCUUUUCAAUCAGAACAGUCUUCACCAUCUGUCGGUCCGGUCACCCCGGUCGUUGACACACCUCGGACAACAAUGGCCUCAGGACAGCCGCCGUUAGACUCCUUGGCUCCUCCUAGCGAGGAGACCCGCGAGACGACUGAUCUGCUGACCGCGAUAGCCUCGCAGGAGCGCAAAGUCCUGGAAUUGCGGGAGGAGCUGCAGAAGGCGGAGACAGAGCUGGCUGGGUUGAAGAAACAAUGGGUUUCCAACGAGAGGCAGAAAAAGAGGACCGAGAUCAGUUAUCACGCAGAGGCUAUGAAACCGAUGAAGCCUACUGAUGCGCCCGCCGAGGAAUCUCCCAGAGCCUCGGAAACUUCGAGCCCAAGCACAACAGACCCUACAUCUGUGCAAGUUAGAAGGAGCAAGGAACUGGAGAGACGAACUAGCGUUCGAUCGAGCCACAAGGCGAAUGUUUCGAUCUCUUCCAAUGGCCGAAGAGUGUUUGCGGGCUCUAAACAUACUCGCACGCUCUCUCUGCUGUCGCCAGAAAUGGGCGUGGUCAGGUCGCCGUUCCCCAUGAAGGACGGGGAGAAUCAGAAAGCUGGUGGCGAAAACCAAGUGACCAGGCAUCCUCGAUCCGCUACGUUGCCGUCCGUCGAGCGAGCUGAGGUCUCGAAUUCUUCUGAGCAGGCUAAUUCCCUAGAAGAUGAUGCGGCGAAUCAAUGGCGGCGGUCUAUGCCACCGCCCUCGAGAGAAGCGCUUUUGCGCACGGGUAGACAAAUGGCAUCGGAUCUGAGAGAGGGUUUGUGGACAUUUUUGGAAGAUAUCAGGCAAGCUACAGUUGGGGAAGAAGGGAUUAGUGGCACGGAAUCGCGUACAUUACAGCCGCCAGCUGCUCCAAGACGAUCUAGUAGUGGACAACGGAGUGAACGCAGUGUCACGCCGUCUCGGAAUCGUGAAAGACCGGAAACACUCGGUCGUUCGGAUUCUUCCCAAUCAAUGUCCAAAGAGACAGCAAAAAUAUCUGGUAAAACCACUCCUCUGGCCGGCGCGGAGGUAUCAUUUUGGAGUGAAUUCGGAGUUGAUACGCCGGGGCAGAAGUCCAAGACAAAACAAAGAACCGCCGACAAUAUCCAAAACGAACAGAAAGAGCCCGAAAACUCGAGCCUUCAGCCCGAAGAGACGGAUGAUUGGGUUAACUGGGAGACGCCGCAACCCGCUAAAUCGCAUACCCCAUCUUCCAGCCAAUCGACCAUCAAUUCCAAAAAAGACCAAUCUCCAUCAACUCAGCUCAGCAGCCCCAGAACCAGUGCCAGUUUUGGGGAGCGGAAUAUAGAUGGAGAAGACCGGCGUCGCUCUGAAAGCAUCCCAUGGCCAGCACUAAGCAAGUUCACCGCUUCUCAGCUUACACGCACUGCGUCAAGCUUGAUGGACGAGUGGGAAAAAAGUCUCACUUCCUCGAAGCAAAGCUCUCCUAAGCUGGAUCAGGAUGAAUGGGAAGCUUUCUAA